GUUGUUUGAGUUAUCGAGCACGGAGCUCACAUUUUCAAAAACGAUGUCGCGUGACGGAAAGACGGCAGUUCGGCUUAUGCGACCCGGUGUUGUUGUCUUAGUUUUGGCAGGACGUUACGCAGGCAGGAAAGCAAUCGUUAUUAAGAGCUAUGAUGAGGGUUCAGGAGAGAAACCUUAUGGGCACGCUUUGGUUGUCGGGAUCGACAGAUAUCCGCGACGCAUCCUCAGAAGAAUGGGGAAGAAACGGAUGGAAAGCCGUUGUAAAAUCAAGCCUUUCGUGAAAGUCGUGAAUUACAACCAUUUAAUGCCUACAAGGCAUUCAGUGAAUAUUGUUUUUGACACCAAGAUUAUCAAUAAGAAUUCAUUGGGGGACAAGUCAUUACGAAAGAAGGCUAAAUUAGAGGCUAAACUAAAACUACAGCAAAGGUACAAAUCAAAUGAAAAUCCUUGGUUUUUCCACAAACUACGUUUCUAAUGAAAGGAUUAUUAUGAGAAUAAUAAAAAUGGGGUAAUCACACAAUUGUUUUGGUACACUGACUUCUAACUUGGGCUGUUUAUUGGGCAGUUUCAUCAAUGCACGACUUUAGCAUUACACGGAUUUUGCCACGAUUCUGAUGGAUGCAGUGUGACUUGAUUUACAUGUAAUAUUCGCUAAUUGUACCCGAGCCAAAUAAUCUUUAGUCUUAGCAAUAUGUCGAUGAGACUUUGAUUUUAGUCAUCAUUAGUACAUUACACUUCGUGUCAGUUGAUCUCGACAAUACAUAGUUUCGUUCAGUGUGUAGUAUGUGCUGUUAGUUUUGAUAUUGUUGAGGUUAAUGUUCCCUACAUAAAGGGGACCGUCAUUCUAUGUGACUACUUAAUAAAACUGUUCUACUGCCUAGAAAUGUAAAUAAUUAUAAACAAUGGUUGUUUGUCGCCGUUUAUGACUGACGUCCGGAAAGUUAUGACAUCUUCCUAGUUUAUAAUUUUAGCCUUAGAUUCCUGACUUUAAGCGUAUAAACUCCUGAUUUCACGUUUAUCCCCAAACAUUUUCUGCCUUGUGCAUUAGAUCUUUAGGUUGAAGUCUGUGUGGUACCCUAGGAAAACCACCUGCUUCGGUCUGGGCACAUGGGCAGUAUCACAGCUCGCACACAAAACUAGUGUGUAGCAUAUGUAUUCGGCAUUCCUUUGUACUGGUAUGUGUGUUUAGGCAAAUAAUGUUCUGGAUAAACAAUCGGAUAUUACCAGUCCCGUCAGGAAGUAUCACGUAUUAUUUUUUCUCAAUAUAAACAUAGUGCUCCAUUUCCAAUCUUUGUUCAAAAAAUUUAUUUGAUUAUCCCAUUGGUUAACGGACAUUGUCGCGUCUAAGACGUCCGGUCAUAUAUUACACAGUUAUAGUUGAAUUCAUUUGCUGAAAUUUCGACCUGGUAUGUCAAUAUAAACGCAUUUAAGUAUUCGUUGACUAUAUUGACAUAAUCUUAAACUUACUUUUCCGGCCGUUAGCGUUUCUAAAUAAAUAUGUUCAUAGUGUGAUGUGAGGCGCUGCAACAAAAUUUACAUGCGUUCCAACUAGCUUGUAUAUUUUACUUAGUAUCUAAUGAAGGCCACUUCCUCCAAGUUUAGUAUAUUUGACAAUAUUUAUCAGGAAUGUCAUUAAAUAUUUCGCACUCCGUAGUAGUGUCGUGGUAUUUAUACUUGAAUUCAUUUUCCUUUAGUUUCUUGGGCUAGUCUUCAUUAUACGCUAGUUCUAUUAAAUUAUAAGCACUUCUGGUGUCUAGUCUCGGUGCUUUCAAUCCAGGUUAUACAGAGACAGGAAUUAUGGGUAACAUCAAAAGGUAAAGAUGUAUACAGAUAUACACGUCUUCAUUUGAGUCACGUUAAUGUUUGCGCUUCUUGAUUGUGGUCCUUAAGGAAUUGUGAUUUGAUGCUUCACCACCCUUCAAGUCCUGUCUUGUGGUCUCAUGUUUUUUGUUACUACUCAAUAAGACAUAGGUGGUGGUGUUGUCGUGAUCUUCAUAGCCAAUUUAAUGUACCAUUGAACUGGAUGAUUGUUUCUACGUGACUUAAUGGUAUAAUACCUCUUGUUUUUACCUAGUUUUUAUAGACUUCAAACUGCUUCAGGCGUUAAAUAGGUCUAUAAUUACUCACUGAAUUUACUGUCACCUAAUCAAAUUUGCUAAGUUUCUUCCACAUGUAGGCGAGAAUGCCAUGGGCGAUACUCUAAAUGAGGUUUGUAAAUUAUUCCUUCAGUUCAGACUGUAUAGUGUUCUUUGGAUGUCAGGGUACUUAGUUGUAUCAUACAUCGUCUAACCAAUUGAAGACUUGCUGGUUAUGUGCUGUUAUAUUCUCGAUUAUCGUUAAAAAUAACCUACAAUUAAACACCAGAGGUACAAUUUCAGCUUGCUCAAAGUAUAGUUGAUUCGACUUUGUGGGGAUAUAUUUCAUUUGGACAUGGAUUUUCGUAUACAUGAAUUAGCAUAAUUUAUUUAUACUUCAUCAGUCAGUCAGUUACAACGUACGACUAGGCACAUAUAUGCAUCGGUCCAAGUUGCCAUACCGCGUUAGCACAGCAAGAUGAACAUCGGAUACUUUGUCGUAUAACUAGCGAAGAUAUUUUUCAGAACGUUCUUGAGCACAAAUAGCACGUAUCCCGCAGUCUGAUACUUGAAGAUGUUCAGUUUUUUCAUUCGACCGAACUAUGAAUCUUAUUGUGCAGAUUUCUGUUUUGAUUUGUAGUUUAAGUUUUGCUUACAAAACAAACGCAUGAGUACUGUCUAUGAACGCUUUACGAAAUUAUUCUAUAUUCGCAACGUGGGACGUUAUUUGUCUGGGUUUUUAUUAUAGCAUAGUUCUUCAGUCAUGUACUCUACUAUUGAACUAACUCCCAGCACUUCUAGGUCGAUAUCACGAGUUUGUUGAGUAAAUUUCUUAUGUGCUGGCUACGAAGUUUUGUUUUUUGCAAUUUUAGCAGAUGAAUAAAUUGUUCAUCAUAGAAUCGUACAUUAUUUGAAAGAAAACGUCCUAGUAGUGAUAGCUAAGCUGUUUUACGUGGCAUUUGUAAAUAAUUGGGACGUUACCUCAAUAAUAUUGCAGACUUUAAUAACGCCUGUCUUAAAUGAAAAUAUACCACGGGAACAUACAGUUAUAUAGAUACAUUUACGUAAAGUUAAAGGUUAUGUAUCCCCUCAUAUUAAUAAGAUCUGCAAGUUUACUUUUCAAUCCCACUGGCUUUCAGUCUGUUAGCAGUACUGGAUGUAAGUUGAAUACGGCACGUUAACUAGACCAAUCGCAAACUCAUGGAACAUUGAGAAAAAAGUUGGAGCAAACAUGAGAAUGUUCUGAAUAUCUGUUUAUUUAAAUUGUCAACCUGGUGACAGUUGAGCUAUAGUGGAUGGUUAUGUGCGAAGUAGAAGCUUUCGCUUGACUAGUUUUCGUGUCUGACAGAACUGAAUCACCGAUUCCUCCAGGUACCUAGAAAGAAGUACCAGUAAAUUAUUAUGAAAUAGUCCCAAGUUCAUGAAUAUAUAUCAUGUUUCCCCUUGUAGGACAACGGGGAUUUUCCUGGAACUGCCUAGGUCAGUAGCAAAUUUCAGAAAGUGACCGCUCGCAUUGUGUGGAAAUUAUACCUACAUCCCAGCUCACUUGUUAUUCGCCCUAAGGUUUGUGUUGCGACUGAACCUAAUUAGUUACUUAUGAGGAUGUUUUGGGUGCUGUAGGUCGCUUAUAUUUUGAUGACUAAAGACAGCGAUCUACGGCCUACUACGCAAGACUGGAAUUCGAGUCUGUGGACUGAUUUCAUUCCACACGUUUAUAUAAGAUCUUGAGUAUUUCAUCUUUUUUAAGUAAAAAAAGGGAAACACUAUAUUACAAUACUCUAAAUGUAUUUUUAUUUAUUUGAACACAUAUAUUGGUACAGGAGUGCGCCAAACAUAUAUGCGCCACACAAUUUCAGUUCACUAAUUGCGUGUGGGCUGCGUUACUGCCCGGGUGCCCAGACCGAAGCAGGUGAUUCCCCUAGGGGGCCACACCCCGAGCCUUUGACCUAAAGGUCUAACCCACAAGGCAGUGGAGCAUCGUAAGGAGAUGCAGUCCCAUGGUAGCCGGUGACCGAAAAUUGGUUCAUACGCCAUUUGUUCCCGCAGGAUACUGGUGCCCAUGUGCACCAUUGGUUUGGAAUCCGGUUAAAGCACCGGACAUUUGCUUUUCGUCCUCUCAUUUUCGUAAACAACACCCCCGCCACGAGAAGGCAGUGAGUAGGACUUCCCUGGCAGAGGCUGUAUACGCGCGUCCGUGUGAGAGUAUUUCGAGAGGAAGGGCGAACCCACCCCACUCUCGGCCAUACCAGGGCGUUUGGGGGCGAGUAAAACAUAGGAAUCAAGUGGUUUUACUGUCCAACUAGAAAAGAAAAGUAGGGUCAUUGUUAUUUCAAUUUUCUAAGUCGAACCAUAUCCUCUUAAAGUGUUGGUUCAUCAACUUAGUCUCAAACUUCCCUCUAAACUAAACAUCGUCAAUGAAGAAUAGUAGCUUAGAUAACACUUGUUGGGAAAGAUCUCAUACUGUUAUUUUGUCUUACAUUGUCCCUACAUGUCCCUUUUCUACUCUUUUGUAUGUUGUUUUAUACUACUUAUUUACAUUCAGUAGGCAGCUGUAUGCCCAACAAUUUUCACACUUAUGUUGUAACAAGUUGUACUGUAACAUUCUGGAAUGUUCACCUAUAUCUUUAACGUUUAUUUUACUUAUAAUUGUAUUUAUCAUUAUAAUUACUGUAACGAUUAUCCACAGUUUUGUGCAUUUGUUUGAAUGCAACAGUUUCCAUAUUGUUUGCUCUUGGUUCGAGUUUCGGUUGUUCAUAAACUGUUACCAAAUUUAGACACAGCUAUCGGCUGUCUUUGGACUAUCGUAUGUUGUAAUCAUUCUUUAUAUUACUCUUACAGAAAGCCUUUGCUAUUUUCAUUCUUGAACGACGCGUUUAAACGCCUAGACACCUCACAAGUUGAGGUUUGUAACUAAAUUUUGUGUAUUAUUUAAUAAAGAACCGCCUUUGUAGAC